AUGGCUGAUGCAAGAAAUAUCAAUGAUGAUAAUGAUGAUAACAAUGAUGCGGUUAGACAAGAAGCAUUCGAAAACAGAGUCACAGAAGUAGCGGAAGGGGUUAUACAAGCCAAUCUACUUCGGUUAGCUCAAGAAGUAGAAAGCCGAGUUCUGGGGGUUGUGGAUGCUAUGAUGACUAGUAGGUUCGAAGAGUUGAAGGAAUUAAUCGAAGGAUCCAAGAGUAGAGGUAAGGAACGAAGGUGCACUUACAAGGAUUUUAUGGCAUGCCAUCUGACGACGUAUGACGGUAAAAUAGAUCCUAUUGAAUGUCAAAGAUGGAUCUCGAACAUAGAGGCGGUCUUUAUACGAAGUCGGUGUGAUAAGGAGGAUCAAGUGAUGUUCGCUACCGGUUUACUAACCCAUCAAGCGAAGGAUUGGUGGGAUGCUCACAGCAAGGAGGUAGGCGAAGACAGGCUGCAAGUUAUGACUUGGCAGGAGUUUAAGGGGCCCUUCAUGAGAUAUCAUUGUCCUCAGUCGGCUAUCGACAAGAUUCAGGAGGAUUUCUUACGCCUCCGGCAGAAAAAUGAAUCAGUGAAUGAAAUAGCAAACAAUUUUAUGGAUAAGAUGAAGUUCUGUGGGGAAUUGGUAACAACCGAGAGGAUGAAGAUAAGUCGUUUUUAUGGUGUGUUAAAGGCAGAAGUUAGAGAGUUCAUCACUCCCUCAAAAUGUGAAACUCUUGAAGAGCUCAUUGAUUUAGCACGGGAUAGAGAGAUCGAAAUUAAAAGGCAAGAGGAGCGAGGUGAAAAGAGGCCGAGUGAAAAAGGGGCAAGUUUUAGUCCAUCCAAGAAGGGGAAGUUUCAGGACCAAGGUAGAAAGGGUAAGUCGAAAGGUGGGAUUACACCAUGCAAGACGUGUGGAAAGCUCCAUACCGGAGAGUGUUUGCUAGGUAAGAAGGGGUGCUUUAAAUGCGGUAAGGAGGGGCAUUCGUCCUAUCAAUGCCCGGAUAACCCAAAGACUUGUUUCAAUUGUUUCGAAAAAGGGCAUAUCAAGUCAGAAUGUCCAAAGCUUCAACAAGGGUCAAAGAAAGAAGAUAAGAAGCAAGAGGGUUCAAGGGCAAAGGGGAGAAUGUUUCAGAUCACGUCUGAAGAAGCCAAGUCCCAACCAAAUGUGGUCUCAGGUAUUUUCCUAAUAAAUUCUAUGCCGGUUUACGUUUUGUUUGACACCGGAGCUACUAUGUCGUUUAUCUCUAGUGAAAUUGUUCAACACCCAUCCUUUAAGAUUGAACGAAUGCCGUUGCCCUUAGAAGUAGAGAUAGCAGAUAGUAAAAGUUAUUUGUUGUACGAAAUAUGUAAAAAUUGCAAAUUGACCAUUGAGGAUGAGGAGUUUGCUAUUGAUCUUAUCCCCAUGAUCUUGGGGGAAUUCAAAGUAAUAGUGGGUAUGGAUUGGAUGUCUCAAAACCAUGCAGAGAUAAAAUGUGAAUCCAAAUCUAUACUUCUUCAAACUCCAAGUGGAAAACGAUUGAAUGUACAAGGCGAAAGGAAGAUGGAAGCGAAGCUAUGUACUCUCGUUCAAGCCACUAAGUACGUGCUCAAUGGGAGUAGAGCAUACUUAGCUUACGUAGUAAAUACUCAACAAGGCUUUCCGAAGCUUGAAGAUGUUGAAGUUGUGAACGAAUUUCCGGAUGUAUUCCCGGAAGAAUUGCCGGGACUCCCUCCCGAGCGAGAAGUGGAGUUCAAUAUCGAAUUGAAUCCGGAUGCGAAACCAGUCGCGAAGGCUCCUUAUAGAUUAGCUCCCACGGAAAUGCGGGAAUUAAUGACACAAAUACAAGACCUCUUAGACAAAGGCUUUAUACGCCCAAUAAUGUCUUUCGGGUUAACUAAUGCGCCGGCGGCAUUUAUGGACCUUAUGAACCGUGUAUGCCGACCCAUGUUGGAUAGAUCGGUAAUUGUAUUCAUAGAUGACAUUUUGGUUUAUUCACGAAGCAAAGACGAACAUACGGUACAUUUGCGUGAAGUACUUGAAACUCUCCGUAAGGAGAAGCUCUACGCAAAAUUUUCAAAAUGUGCCUUUUGGCUUAGGGAGGUACAGUUUCUGGGGCAUGUGAUAAAUGCGGAGGGUGUUAUGGUCGAUCCUUCAAAGAUCGAUGCUGUAAUGAAGUGGGUUCCUCCGAAAAAUCCAACAGAGAUAAGAAGUUUUCUGGGUCUUGCUGGAUACUACCGAAGAAAGAAAGAGAAGUUUGUAUGGGAGAAAGAACAGGAGGGGGCUUUUCGAAUGUUGAAAGAAAAACUAUCAAGUCCCCCAAUCCUAACGUUACCAGAUGGAACCGAAGACCUGGUGGUCUAUUCAGACGCUUCACACCAGGGAUUGGGUUGUGUUCUAAUGCAAAGAGGGAGAGUUAUCGCUUAUGCUUCGCGACAAUUGAAGCCUCAUGAGAGAGACCUAAAUAUGAGGCAGCGGAGGUGGUUGGAACUUAUCAAAGAUUAUGAUUGUGAUAUCCUCUACCAUCCGGGGAAGGCAAAUGUAGUAGCCGAUGCAUUAAGCCGUAAAGAGUAUUCACUACCCAUAAGAGUGAAAUCCAUGAAGAUGAUAGUUACGCCACGAUUACUCGAGGCAAUACGCGAAUCCCAAAUAAAGUCGCUCGGAGCGGAAGACCUGAAGAGGGAACGACUGAAAGGUGUGAUUGAUAAACUAGAAGAAAAUUCGACCGGGCUUAAGACGCGGUUCGGCCGAAUUUGGAUUCCGCGAUUCUGCGAAGGUAUGAAGCGUGACAUAGCUAAAUACGUCGCGAAAUGCUUAACAUGCUCCCAAGUGAAAGUAGAACAUCAAAAGCCGUAUGGAAAAUUACAACCUUUGGAGACACCGGUAUGGAAGUGGGAGGAAUUAACGAUGGAUUUGAUAACCAAACUUCCUAAAACAAAGAAAGGGCAUGAUACAAUAUGGGUAAUCGUAGACCGGCUUACAAAAAGCGCUCACUUUUUACCCAUCAAAGAAGCUUACUCUUCCGAGAAAAUGGCAGAAAUUUUUAUGAACGAGAUCAUAUCCCGUCAUGGAGUGCCCGUGUCGAUUGUCUCGGAUCGAGACACUAGAUUUACUUCUCGUUACUGGCGGAAGUUUCACGAGAGUGUGGGUACGAAGUUGCACAUAAGUACUGCCUACCACCCUCAAACUGACGGCCAGACUCCCGUAUGUUGGGGUGAAGUAGGACAAAGGGAGCUUGCACCAAGUGAUUUAAUAGCAGUUACGAAUGAAAAGAUCGAAAUGGUUAGAACAAGGUUGAAAGCAGCUCAAGAUCGGCAAAAAGCUUAUGCAGAUAAGAGAACGCGUCCUAUCGAGUUCCAAGUUGGAGAUUUUGUCUUGCUAAAGGUGUCCCCAUGGAAGGGUAUAAUCCGUUUUCGCAAACGGGGAAAGUUAGGUCCUCGUUACAUCGGGCCGUUUAAAAUCUUAGCUCGGGUUGGAAGGGUGGCGUAUCGACUAGAAUUACCGCCUGCUCUAGAAGGGAUUCAUAAUACCUUCCACGUGUCGCAAUUGAGGAAAUGUCUUGCGGAUGACACAGCAAUCUGCUUGUUGUUAAAACACAGCGUCAAGGAAAUCUGCAUACUGUUAAAACACAAUUUUCCAUAA